CUUCGCCUACUUCCACUUCACUGUGAACUCCUGUGGCACCACCAGGAAGUUUAUCAACAAUGUCAUGCUGUAUGAGAACGAAAUCUCCUUGCCAGAUGAACUUGAGGUGAAGCUGAAUGCCACGACGUCUUCAGAGCAGGAAUAUCAGUUAAAGGUUUCCUGCUCCUAUGUGGCCAACAUCACUCGCACAUUGGCCUUCCUGACCAGGCCGCGUGACAACGAGCCUUUUGCCGAGACUGGGACGGGUCGACUAAUGGUCAGAAUGAGACUCGCUCAGGACGCCUCGUAUAACACAUUCCACCAGGAGGAGGACUAUCCAGUG